AUGAGUGACGCCGAUCUGAGCGACGGAGAAGAUGAAUCUGCAGUACACUCUAUAAUUGCGAUAGACAGUAAGCGGCAUGCCCGAGCUCAGCAUAAUGCUUUGGAACGGCGACGUCGUGAUAAUAUCAAAGAUAUGUAUGCUGCUUUGAAAGAUACCAUACCCGGGAUGAAGAAUGAGAGAGUAAGUGCCUCACGUGCUUCGGUUCUAAAGAAGUCAAUUGAUCUGAUAACUGUAAAGCAGGCUUAUUUAGAAAAGCUAUUAGCACAGAAUCGGGAACUGGAACUGGAAAAUGAUGCUCUGGAACGAGAAAUUGAUAAAAUAAAACAAGUUGCUGCGAAGCAUAUUCCUGAAACGGUACUUAUUUCCUCGGCUUAUUUUCUGUCGGAUACUAUCAUUUAUAUACGAGAUUAUGCCUGA